CUCGGGAAAAGAAAACCCAACUUACCUGAAACAAAAGAGAAGAAGAAGAAGAAGAAUCCAUGGAUUCUUCAUCAGAAUUCAAGAGGGUCAUGAGCCUUGUGGCUACCCUUGCCCUUUUCACUAUCUUUGUCAUUCCGCUUCCUGCUCAUGCUUCCCCUGCAGAAGCCCAAGCCCUCCUCAAGUGGAAGUCCAGUCUUGGCAACCAUUCGGUUUCUUCCCUCUCUUCCUGGACUCCUUCUCCUCGUAAUGCUACCAGUUCCAAUUCGACUGUGAGUCCGUGUGCUUGGUAUGGCAUCUCCUACAAUAGGGCCGGAAGCGUGAUCAGGAUAAAUCUCACCAGCACCUAUGUCGAAGGUACGCUUGACGAAUUCCCAUUCUCAACUUUGUCUCAUCUCAUGUACAUGGACCUGAGUGUAAAUAGUCUCUCCGGCCACAUUCCGCCUCAAAUUGGUCUCCUGAGCAAUCUCACCUAUCUUGACCUCUCUAUCAAUCGGUUCUCGGGGAAAAUACCGCUGGAGAUCAGCCGUCUAACGAAACUGGAGGUCCUGCACUUGGUUUCCAAUGAGUUAAAUGGCUCCAUUCCCCAAGAAAUUGGGCAGUUGCAUUUGCUCAAUGAGGUCGCGCUGUAUUCGAAUCAGUUGGAUGGAUCCAUACCUUCCUCAUUGGGUAAUUUGAGCAAAUUAACUACAUUGUAUGUCUACAACAACUCCCUUUCUGGUUCUAUUCCUCCUGAAAUAGGAAAUAUGACAAAUUUGGAAGUGCUCCACAUGGACACCAACUUCCUCACAGGACCAAUUCCAUCCACUUUGGGGAACUUAGCCAAAUUGAGAGAGCUGCACCUAUUUGCUAAUAAGCUUACCGGUUCCGUCCCCCUAGAGUUAGGGAAUUCGAUCCUUCUUAGCUCUUUGAGCCUUUGUGAUAAUAAUCUUACCGGUUCAAUCCCGCCGACAUUAGGCAAUUUGACGGAGCUUACCCUUCUUUAUCUCUACGGUAACCAGCUUUCCGGUCACAUUCCUAAUGAGAUAGGAAAUCUCCACGCUAUGCUUGACUUAGAGCUGAGUAGAAAUCAGCUCACUGGCCCAAUUCCUUCUUCUUUGGGUCGCUUGACCAACCUAGUAUAUUUGUUCCUCCGCCAGAAUCAGCUUUCAGGUUCAAUUCCUAGAUCCUUAGGGGAUCUGAUGAACUUGACGGAGCUGCAAUUGGAUGCCAACCAUUUAACCGGCUUCUUACCAGAGAACUUGUUCCAAGGUGGAUUGCUCCAAACCUUCUCAGUGAGUGACAACAACUUAACUGGUUCUAUCCCUAGAAGCUUGAGAAAUUGCCCAAGCUUAGUCAGAGUACGCCUCGAGGGAAACCAGCUCACUGGAAACAUAUCCGAGUCCUUCGGGGUCUACCCCAACUUGAAAUUUAUCGACAUGAGUUUUAACAAGUUCUAUGGAGAAAUCUCAACAAAUUGGGGAAGUUGCAUUCGUUUAAGUGAUCUAAGAAUUGCCGGAAAUAACAUCACCGGUAGCUUGCCUCCUGAGAUUGGAAACGCUACUCAACUGGGUGCAAUUGAUCUUUCUUUCAAUGAUUUAGUUGGCGAGGUUCCGAAAGAAUUUGGAAAAUUGACCUCUUUGGUGAAUUUGAAUCUAAGCAGGAACCAACUUUCUGGCCAUAUAAGUCCCAAGAUUGUAUCGCUACCUGCUCUUCAAAAAUUGGAUUUGUCCGGGAAUAGAUUUAGCAUGUCUAUCCCGCAGACUAUAGGGCUUGCUUCAAACUUGGUCCUCUUGGAUCUGAGCAACAACCAGUUGAGCCAAGAUAUUCCAGGGGAUUUGGGGAUGCUAAUUCAUUUAUUCGAGCUAGACUUGAGUUGUAACUUGUUAAGCGGUGAGAUCCCAGCUCAAUUCAGCAAGCUGCAAAGCCUAGUGAAACUUGACCUUUCACACAAUAAUCUUUCUGGCCCUAUAUACAAGACUUUCGAGGGUAUGCUGGGUUUGGCGGAGGUUGACAUCUCCUACAACAAGUUUGAGGGUCCAAUCCCCAACACCACGGCAUUCCAGAAUGCAACAAAAGAAGCGUUAGAAGGUAACAGUGGAUUGUGUGGAUAUGUUGAAGGACUUGAGCCCUGUAAUCAAGCGGUGGUGGAUAGGGAAAACUCUACCGCGGGACGCAGAGUGUUUCUUGUUGUGUUUCCUCUGCUAGGAGCAGUUCUUCUGUUUAUUUUCUUUGGAAUAUUCUUCAUUUCCCGUAGAAAGAAGUUCCAUCCAACUGCGGAACUAGUACCCGAGACAACUGAAGUCUUUUCUCUAUCAAAGUACGAUGGAAAGAUCUUAUAUGAAGACAUCAUUGAAGCCACCGGGGCUUUUGAUGAGAUUUUCUGUAUUGGAAGGGGAGGCUAUGGAAGUGUAUUCAAAGCCAAAUUAAGAUCAGGUGAUAUAGUAGCUGUAAAGAAGCUCCAUCAAACAGCUGAUAGCGGGCAAACAGAUCAAAAGGAAUUUUUGAAUGAGAUUAGGGCAUUGACGGAAAUUCGACACCGCAAUAUUGUGAAACUUAAGGGCUUUUGUUCGCAUCCACAACACUCAUUCUUGGUGUAUGAGUACUUGGACAGAGGAAGCUUGUCUACAAUCUUGAGCAAUGAAGAAGAAGCUAAAAAGUUGGACUGGAACAAGCGGGUGAAUAUAGUAAAAGGCGUGGCUCAUGCUCUAUCUUAUAUGCACCAUGAUUGUAUCCCUCCAAUCGUUCAUCGAGAUAUUUCGAGUAACAACAUUCUGCUUGAUUCGGAGUACGAGGCGCAUGUUUCUGACUUCGGCAUGGCUAAGCUUCUCAAACUGGACACAUCAAACUGGAGUGCAGUCAUCGGCACAUACGGUUACGUAGCUCCAGAGCUUGCUUACACAAUGAAGGUGACGGAGAAAUGUGAUGUGUAUAGCUUUGGAACAGUGGCCGUCGAGGUGAUCAAAGGAAGACAUCCGGGGGACAGCGUUUCAACUCUAUUAGCUCCAGUCGACAUGGAGAUCUCAGCAGUUCUGAGGAAUAUAUUGGAUUCACGCCUGCCAAUGCCCACACCAGGCAUCGAGGAUGAACUUCUGACCAUCUUAAAGCUUGCAGUCGCUUGCCUAUCUGCUAAUCCCCAACUCAGGCCGUCGAUGGAACUGAUUUCUCAUGAGCUUUCAGCUUGUUCAACCAUUUUCCAUAAUUUUCAAAAUUCAGAGACACCCACUGAUCCCGGGACAGAUGCAACAAGUUCAAGCCGUUCGCUGGAUCAAUCUGUAGAAGACAUCGUCUGAUAAACGAUUUGCUCUGUCAACCACAUGCAAGAAGGUCUAGAUCUUUAAUGAAAAACACAGUCGUUUUAAACUAAUAAAUUAAGUCUCAAACUUUUUCUAAUAUAUUGUUUCGCUCACUGAUGUGUUAACUUCAUUUGCAUUUAGGAGAAAUAUUUUGACCGGACACAAGGUUUCAUGUUUAGCCCGAUGAGGACUACAUUUCGUUCACACCCAAGUAAGUAUAGAACUGCCUUUUGUUUUCGAAGGAGUAAAACCUGAACUCACUGGCAUCUAGUUUCAUUUUUAGAGAGAACAGCUGAACUCGAGAUAUUUCAGUCUGUUUCUGUAUCUAGUCUUAAUCAAACUCGUGUCGGCGUGGUGAAAGCUAUGUAUCCAUGUCAAGUUAGAGUUAGAAAAUAUGACUUUUGUAUCAGCAUAAAGUUGCUUGUCUAUCUAGCGUUGUCAUCUUGAAGGUGAAGGGUCGAUGUAAAGUCGAAACGGAACAUUUAUAUGAAGUCUCUUAAAUCUUGUCCA